AUGAGUUAAGUGUCUCAAAGAUAGAGAAGUCCCUCUCCCUAAUCUCCAGAAAAGGUAGCCUAAAGAGAGAAAGCAGCUUAAGCUAUGAAAAGACGUAACCAAACAUAGCCAAGCUUUUUCGAUAAAUACGCCUAUCAUUUGGUCAUAGGAGCAUUCGGAUUUGUUUGUGUCUAUGCUUUGUUUUCCAUUUUGACACGAUCUAGCAAGAAAUUAACGACAGCUCCUGUAAUAGAUGAAGAGGAAAUAGCUGCACACAAUUCUUUAGGAUCCUACCUCUAAGGUCCAAAUGAUUUCUUCAAAGAUUGGAAAUUCAGUGAUGCCAAAUUCAUUUUCAACAAUCAUUUAACAUUCAAAGGAAAAAUCUAACAAUGCCCUGAAAGCGGUGUCAUAAUUCCAGAGAGCUACAAUUUCAGAGAAGCCUAACCAGAAUGUGCAUAACCAAUCUACUUCUAGGGAAAUUGCUCAUCCAGUUAUUCAAUUGCUGCAGUAUCAGCCACAAGUGAUAGAUUAUGCAAAUCAAAGAAUGGAGAAUUCUAAGACCAAUUGUCACCAUAAUCCCCAAUCUCAUGUGAUGACAAGAACUACAAAUGUGGAGGAGGUAGUGUAACAAGAGUCUUGGAAGUUGGUAAGAAACAAGGAUUUGUUUCAACCUCAUGUUUACCAUACAGUGGAACAGAAGAUGCCAAAAACAAUUGUGAUGCUCUUUUCUCAAAUUGUGAAAAAUAUAAGAUCCAUGAUUACUGUGUUGUCUCAGGUGAGGAAAACAUCAAAAGAGAAAUAUUGAACAAUGGUCCAAUUGUUGCUGUCAUCUAAGUCUUCAAAGAUUUCCUUGUUUACAAAGGAGGAGUCUAUGAAGUUGUCGAAGGAAGUUCAAAAUUCCAAUAUGGACAUGCAGUCAAAGUUAUUGGUUGGGGUAAAUAAGACGGAGUCAACUAUUGGGUCAUUGAAAAUUCUUGGGGAGACAGUUGGGGAUUGAAAGGAUUAGCCUAUGUUGCUGUUGGACAAAACUAAUUACAAUUAGAAGCAUACUCAGUUGCUCCAAUCGUAGCAGCUUCUACCGAAAAAAGUGCAGAAUGAGUAUAACAUAUUGUUUACAUUAUUGUUAAUUUUAUAUUAAUAAGAUUGUUC